GCCCAGCGGCGAGAGGGAGGCCGGCCCUUUGGUCCCGAACCUGCAGGCAUGUCCGCCCCGCGCCCUCGGCCCCACAGCCGCGCUGCGCACAGAGGUCCUGGGCUGCAGAUGAUGCCCCUGUGGGGCAGCCUCCUGCUCACUGUCAGCCUUGCCCUGGAGCCAGCACCAAACCUGGAUGCUGGAGCAGUGCCAGAAACCUGCAACUGCACAGGGCCCAUGGACUUCCAGGACUUCCAGGCGGCUCCACUCCCUGAGACCUGCUGCCUCAACUUCACCAGCUCCAACAUCACCCACCUGGACUGGGGCACUCUGGCGGGGGUUCGGGGCUUGCGGGAGCUCUACCUCUCGCACUGCAGCAUUAGAGCCAUCAGCAAUACCCAGGGAGUCACCCCUACCUUGGAGAUCUUGCACUUAAGUCACAACCAGCUAGAAAGUCUCCCCGGCAGUUUUCUGGAAGAUGCUCCUAAUUUGAAGGUACUUUAUCUGGACAGGAACCAGCUCCAAGAGUUGCCCAAGUCCUUCCUGAAGGCAUCAACUCAGGUCCAGGAGGUCUACCUGGGCUUCAAUGCUUUAACUUUCCUCCCUGCCAGCCUCCUGCAGCCCUCUCUGCUCUGGCUGCAGCUCUCCAACAACAGCUGGGACUGCAGCUGUGCUUUGCUCAGCAACCUGCGGAGCUGGCCCCGCCUGGCCGCUGAGGUUAUUUGCCAUACGCCGGAGCGGUACCAUGGCACCGACCUCCAGAGCAUCCCCUGGGAUGAGCUGUGCGGCUCGCACAGCCUCACCACCCUCUUGAUCUGCCUGCCCCUGCUGCUCAUCCUUGCCACCAUCAUCUGCUGCUUCUGCAGGCGGAAGAGAAAGACCAACUACAGCUUUCAGAGCAGGCCCGAGAGUCACCUUGCCAUGGCAGAGACGAGCAAUGCAGCGGUGCCCGUGGAGCCCCAUCACUACGUCCCCUAUGAGCUGCCGGCUGCCCCCUCCGAGACCGAGAAGAAGGUGCUCCUGGGGAACCAGGUCCUGCCCCAGCCCUCUGCAGCCCUGCUGGAGAGUGGCAAGGACCUCUAUGAGGAGGUGGAGAUCCAGGUGGGAUCCUCCAGCAGUUCCCUGGUGCUGGCUAACAAAAAGCAGCCAGGCACAGGACCACACAUAGACCCAGCACCACCAAGGGCAGAGGAGCUGGUGGGCAGCGAGGCAGAGGCAGAAACCGUGAGCGUGAGCGAUGUCCUGAAGGACUCAGCCGACCGGGAGAAGAUGUACAUGAGCCAGUCGACCAACUAUUACAACCUGGUACCUGGUAUCGAGCUGGAGGACUCGGACAACCUGGAGUAUGAGAACAUCGACCUGCACUGAACUUGGCCGGGACUCAGGGCUGUGUCUCAGACACCCCGGGAGGAGGGCAGGGGACCAGGACGUGCCUCUGGGCUGGUGGUGAAGCCCAGAAGAGCAGGAGAGGCGCGAGCUGUCCUGCGGUGGCUUACACAGCUGUUUGCAAAGCUGCACCCCCAAAUUCCCCUCCCCUCCCCCGUGCCACCGCCUGCACCCCUCGCUUGCUGUGCCAGUGCCCUGCCAGUGCUGCAGCCGGGCAGGGGGUGGCGAGGGGGUUCGGGCACUGGGGGCCGUGGCAGGCCAGCUGGGUUUGGGGACACCCGGGCUGGUGGUGCCUGAGGUAGAGGGUGGGCUCUCUCAGCCGGGUUUUGGGACCUAGGCCUACUGGCCGUGGCCUUCGUGCUCUCUUUGUGGGACCAGGACAGGACGCUGCCGCCCGGGCUCGGUGGCAUCCUGCAUGGACCCUGCGCUUGCCAGCCCCCAGACAACGGGGGCUGCGGGCCCCAGACGGGGCUGGCUCUGCUUCUGCGCUCGUGAUCUGCGUCGAGGCUGCGGAGUCGCGCACGGGCGAGGUGCCCCGCGCCUGGCAGCGGCUCGCUGCAAGGGGGCAGCCCGGGGUCCCCGAAGCACGGCCCCGCGCCGCGGCGGGCACAGGCACGGGUGCCCGCGGGUGCGCGCGCGCGCAGGAGGGUCCCUCGCCCGCUGCCUCUCCCGAUCUGCCGCCAAGCCCUGCAGGUGCCCGCUGUUGA